CGCAGAGAGGAAUGCGGAAGUAGUCGUGUCUUCCAAUCAUUCCAGCGCACCGGACAGCGACUUCUCCGGUUACUCUUCUCUCCACCGGUGUGUGUGAUUCACCAGGAAACGGGACUCUCUUCCUGCCUGACUGAACGUGGAGCCUACGUGUGUUUGAGACGGAGUGUGCGGGAGCAUCAUGUGGAAGAAGGCUUCAGCAGCGGCCCUGCUGGCGUUAGUAGUUGGCUACUUCUACCAGGGCAGCCCGGACCUGCCGGAGCAGAUCCUGCAGUAUCUCGGCCUGCCAAACUUCCAGUCAUCACCUGAGAGUCAGGACAGCCUGGAGCAGGUGAUCUCCACCGCCUGGGAGACUCUGAUAACUCUGCCGACGCGCCAGUGGAGCAAAGUGGCAGUAGGGGUGAAUGCCUGCGUGGACGUAGUCGUCUCAGGAGUGGGACUGCUGCAGGCGAUGGCGGUGGAUCCCGGCAGCGGCGAGGAUCACGAGGUUCUGCACUCCAAAGAGGACCUGAAGGAGGCCUUCAUCCAUUUCAUGGAGCGCGGGGCGGCUGCAGAGCGCUUCUUCAGCGACGAAGAGGCCUUUCAGAGGAUCGCACGCGCAGCAGCAGAGUACCCCGGUGCGAAGCUGUACGUUGGAGGGAAUGCUGCUCUCAUCGGUCAGAAGCUCGCCUCUUACCCUGAUCUAACGGUCUUGUUAUGUGGGCCAGUUGGUCCUAAACUUCACGAGAUGCUGGACGAGCAGAUCGUCGUUCCCCCGGACUCUCUGCAGGAGACGGACGAAUAUCACCUCAUCCUGGAGUACAAAGCAGGUGAGCAGUGGGGUUCCACUCAGGCACCUCAGGCCAACCGCUUCAUCUUCUCUCACGACGUGUCCAACGGGGAGAUGAGCUCGCUGGAGACGUUCGUGGCGAGCCUGGACGAGUUUGAGCCUGACCUGGUGGUGCUAUCGGGGCUCCACAUGAUGGAGGGUCAGGGCAGAGAGCUGUGGGAGGAUCGGCUGUCAGAGGCUGUGCUAGUCAUAUCUGACAUUCGUGGAGACAUUCCCAUCCACCUGGAGCUGGCGAGCAUGACAGACAAAGACUACAUGAACAGCAUCAUGCAGGAGCAGGUUAUGCCCAUUGUCAGCUCCAUCGGGCUGAACGAGCAGGAGCUGCUUUUCCUCUCUCAGGCUGGUGACGGGCCUCACGCGGACCUGGAUACCUGGAAAGGCAUGCCAGACGUGGGCCGGGUCAGCGACAUCCUCCUCUGGAUCCUGGAGCAGCACGGCCGCAGCGAGCCGUCGUCCGAGGCCGACCUGACUCGCAUCCACUUCCACACGCUGGCCUACCACAUCCUGGCUACGGUGGACGGAUACUGGGGGAACCAGGCGGCGGCGGUGAUGGCCGGGGCGCGAGUGGCCAGCAGUCAGGCGUGCGGCCUUCAGUCCGUUGACGCCAGCAAAGUGGAGCUCAAGGCCCCGCUGGAGUUUCACAGCUCACACAGCGAGCCACGGGAGAAGCUGUCGCUGAACCCGGCAGAGCCCGUCACCGUGUGGCGCCGGGGAAACGUCACCUUCCACCUGACGGUCGUGCUGGUCUGCAAACAGCCUCUCCGGACAGUAGGGCUCGGGGACGCCAUCUCAGCAGAGGGACUAGUUUACUCAGAGAUAAUCACCCAGCAGCCCUUCUGAUGAACCUCCGUUUUCUGCGGUUGUUGGGUCGGAGCUCUAAACUUGUUCAGGCCUCCGUGUGCUGAAGCAGUUUCUGUGUCUUCCUCUCCCCGAAGCUCCAACUGAGUUUAAGAAUGUGAACGACGGCGAUAGUUUUUAGAUUCCUGCCUGAUGACUCCUCCUCCAGCCGUCUCCGGUCUCCUCUGGUCCUCCUCUGGUCCUCCUCCUCCAGUCCUCCAGCAGACACAGAAACUGAGGCAGAACGUGACAGAAGUGGAAGUGACCGGGCUGUGAGGAGGCCUGACUCUUUGCACCGGCCGCAGCUCAAAGCCAUCUUCACAAACUCCAAAGAGUUUUACGCGGCUCACCUAAUUUACUUCGACCCGCAUAUCUUAAGUAUGCUGUGCCUUGAGAAAAUCAAAGAAUUUAAAAGUUAUAAUAUUUUAUUCAUAUUUCAGAGCCAACCAAACCUAAAACUAAGCGUUACAUCAUACAUUCUGAGAAGGACAUGAAUUCACACACAUAUAACACAUUUCUGUUUGACUGGAAACGGAUGAGCGUCCUUCUAUAUGGUAGAAUAUAAAUGGUAUUUUUGAUGUUCUGUGUUUAUUCAAGUUUUUAGGUGCGUUUUUAGGUACGUCAAAUAGUCACUAGAUCUCUUAAAAGCUCACUCUCUCGUGUGUGUCUGACAUCUUUACGAGUACAAACUGUUAACUAGAUAUACUUGACAUUUUUUGUUAUUUGUCUCGAGAGGAUGAAAGUACUAGAGUGUGUUACAAAGUUUGUGUUUUCUCAGCUUUUAGCCUAAGCACUCCCACUAUAAAGAUGUUUAUAAAUAAACAACAGUUAUUAUAGGGUUAUUGUAAUAUCUGUUGCUUAUAAAUUCCUGAUGCAGUGUCCUUAUAUUUUUUAUGCAAAAAAAAAAAAAAAUGAAAUUCUACUCUUAUAAAUGCAAACCUGGUUUUGAAGGGGAUCCUUCUUUAUGCAGUAAAGCUCAGUUUAAAAUCAGAUGUUGGCUAAUUAACAUAAAGGUUCUGUUGUCAUUAAAGUACGAUAAAGGGGAAAUAUAUUUUUCAAAUGCGCAAUGUGUUUACUGGGUCACUAUACUUGUUUUUUUUGUUAACUGCUCUGUCGUACUUUCUUUUCAGUUGUUGCUUUCCCUCACUUAUAAAAUGUGACUAUAUAAAGUGACUCUUAAAAGCUGGCCGGUGUAACGUACUGCUGGAAAAAGCUUCCUGACUCUUCCAUAUGGGUAAAUUAUGCGUUUCCAUGGGUUUGUUUAUGGUUUUCUUUUCUGAGCUUACUUAAGAACGCCUGCAUCAUGUUAGAUAUACAGUACGUAGCUGUCGGAUCAAUGUGUUUGUAUACCUCACAUGGCCACUGAAGGCAUGCAAUAAUGGAGUCUUAAUGCAAACUUGCAACAAAACGAUGUAUGGCAUUUUGUUGAGCGGAAUAAAUUCUUUGCACUAUUACAAAGUGGCAGGUGUGCCUACGAAGGUGAAUGUAACCUUAACUCCGAACCCCACUUUUAUUUUUAGCAGGUACAAUCUUUUCAUUUUCACUCAUUUGAUAGUUUGUUUCUUAUGGUUUUUUUUAACAUUUGUAACUGUCAACCCAUUUUGUUUACUUGUAGUUUGUUAUUAAAAUAUGUAAGGAGAGUAGAGGCUUUAUUGUGGUGCUGCAGAAUAUUGUGCAUAUUCACCAAUGCUUGAAGAAUUUAAAAUGAUUGCUUAAAUGACUACUUGAAUUAUUAGUUUGUUGAUCGACCUUACACUCAUGAGCAACAAUUUUUAGAAUUAUUUUUCAAGAAGAAAUCUUAAACAUUAUCUGAUCCACAAAUCCACACAAAAACUUUGUUAUAUGUAAAAGUUCUGCGUUGGAAUUGUAAAAAUAUAAUCAGGAAAUAAAAAAACCCUCAUUUUUUCUGUUUAAACAUUUACUUCUGAAAUGAAGUAGAAGUAGAAAGAG